UCGAGAAGUGGGUUGCCGGGAAUUUCGCCCACGCGUGGUCCCCACCUAUUGCGAUCCCGUCGGUCCAGGAAUCAUCCCUCAGUGGGAGAUCAUCACGUUCGCAUACAUCUUUGAUCGUCGUCAUUUGGGAAACAGUGUGGACCGUCUCAUUUGUUCCGCAAAUUAUCGGUUAACGCGAGCGAGUCACCGCCCGUUGGUCGAACGUCACGAGAAGAUCCCCGAGGGUGGAAGCGGGAGCAGGAUCAUUCAUCGCCGUAACGAGAGGGAGAACGCUGAGCGACGAUGCCCGGCGCCGGUGGUCAGCCACCGCAAAGGACCACCUUUCGACCACCAUGGGUCAAGGAUGGUCCGAACCCGUUGCCCAUGCCCACCGCGCCCUGGACUCUCAACUCCCGCAGGGAUUCUAAGCCGAAGACCGAGGAAGUUCCGGCUUUUACCCAAGUCACCUUGAAGAGUGUGCCGAAACCUGCGGAGCCAGCAGCACCUUCGUCAGAUGGACAACCGCGUAAACAAAGCAAAAUUACGAUAAUACCAUCGCAGCAGAAUAAUGAAAAAAUCCCGAGUGGCCGACCGGUGCCAGCGAAGCCGCGCGAGAAUGGACGACAGGAGCCAAAUUCGAGGCCGCAACUCGAACGACAGAUCCGUAUCGAAAGAUCUCGAUCACGGGGUGACAUUUUAACACUCUCGAAGAGUGAGAGCACUACAGGUGCUCCAACUUUAUCGAAGAGCUCGUCACGAGCAAACUUUCCACCACCGCCACCACCACGGCCGCCGCCACCACCACCCAGUCGUACGAUUCUCAAAGAUUUGCCGCCCCUCAACGACAACCAAAUGCAGAAACUGGAGGUAUUGAAGUCCAGGCCGAGAAAACGGCCGGAUUGGGCCAACAUGAUGAAAGAGGUUGAGAGUGGCAAAAAGCUCAGACAUGUCAAAUGUAACGACCGGAGCGCGCCCCUGAUCGAGAGGGUGAACAAAGUCACGGCCGAUCCAGCAGGCAAAGCCCACUUCGUAUUCGAAUCUGAAAAAUCGAAUAUGCACAAUCAGCUGCUGAAGCAGAUUCAGCAGGGCGUAAAGCUCAAAAGUGUGAAGACGAAUGACCGCUCAAAACCAAUGUUGGAGGGUCUGAGAAAGUUUCGACGACAGCUGACCAUCGAGGAACAAAUCCAGAAGGCCGAGGAGGCGCCAGUGGAUGAUGUCAUUCAGGAUGAAAUGGACGACAUUGACGCUGUAAGAGACGAUUUGCAAAGCACCAAGCAGAUGCUCGCGCUGGAGCUUAGAAAUAAAGAAGCUUUGGAACGAGAUAAUAAACGUUUGCAGGCGAGAAUUUUGAAUCUUGAGGCGGAAGUGGAACGUAUAAAGCUACAAAAGAACGCUCAGGAGAGUAAGCAGCAGGACGAAAAGCUUACAGAAUCUUUGAGGCGGGAGAUACAGCAAGCGAGAAAAGAUGCGGAAAAGGCGGAAAAAGAAUUCGCCGUUGCUGCCGAGGAAAGAGACAAAGCUAGAAGCGAGUUGGAAGAAAUGAAAAGAAUGUAUGCGGCGUUGGAAAAGCGUAUGAAAGCUGGAAUGGCACUGGCCGGUUGUCCAAGCGCGAAGGAUGUAGCCAGGAUCGCAUCGCAAAAGAGUAUAGACAAACAGGACGUUGGCGGCACAAGUGAGGAGGAAGAAGAGAGCACAGAGGAGGAAGAAGAGGACGAUCCUAAAGCUGGAGCAGAGAAACGCGCGCAGAGAGAGGUCAAGCUUCUCAUUUCCAAAAUUAAGAAUUUCAAGGACAAGGCUGUGAACGCGAGAAAAGAAAGACAUGCAUUGAAGGAGCAGAUCAAACAGCAACAGAAAUUACUGUUUGAAGAAAAGAAGAAGUACAAACAAUUGCAGAAACAAGUAGACAAAAUGGCGAAGCUGAUGUCAGAUGCCAAUGACGACGAUGAGGAAGAGGAAGAAGUCGAGGACGAGGAGGAGGAGGAGGAGGAGGAGACGGAAUCUGAGGAAGAAUCAGAGUCUGAGGAAUCGGAAGAAGAGGAGUCCGAGCCUGACGACGAGCAGGCACCUAUCGAGAAACGUAAAGACAUUUUGCAAAAACGCGUGAAGAAACACGAGGGGCGAUUGGCGGCCUUGAAAAAGGGAAACUAUUUAUUAAAGGCGCAAGUGGACAGAAUCAAAGACAGUCUGGUGAAGCAGCGAGAGGAUAGUAUCAGCUUGCAGGAGGAUCUUGAUUCUGUCUUAGCGGAACUAGGUUAGACUAAACAUACAGCGAAGAAUAUUUCAACAGAAAUUGUAUACACACUCACAUAUACAUAUUAUUAAAAUAUAGACAAUUGUACGUUAUAAAAAUGAUUUACACACUCGUGUACACUGCACAUGCACACUUAAUCGAAAGAUUUCUAUAGGGAACAGCGAUAAUCCAUAGAGAUGUCUGUCAACUGUGUCGCAAAAUAUAAUUAUUAAAAAAUUUAUGAACAUUGACUGUUUUAUUGCGGAUUUUAAACGGUUUUCAAGCUUGUGAAAUGUAAAAGCUUGUAUAAACGCUAGAUGCAGCUUUUUCAGCUCGUAAUAAUGUAAUAAUCUUUUAAUAUUAUAAUAAUUGCAACGCAUAAAUAUCAUUAUGUUGCAUUAAGUCGCGUCCAGAUUAAUUGAACGUGGACAAACGAACAAACGUUUACGAAUAUGUUGCUUAUUAUAAUUUGAUUAGUUUGAAUUCAGCAUAUAUAUGUAGAGUGUAGAGUGAAAGUUUUUUAUUUAUAAAAGACUGAAUGAUGACUAGAAGAACGCUAUAUGCAUUAAUUCGGUGAAAUAAGAAAUUUCGCCUUUAAAAAAUUAAUUUAACAAGUAACACAUAGUUUCUUUAACAUGUGUAUUGUAUUGAAAAACACAAACAUUUAUAUAUGCGCACACUAUCAAACAAGAAUUUACAUUAAAUUUGUGACUUGUAAUGGACAUCUCUGUACAAUUGCGAAAUAUCGAACGUUGUUAAGGCAAAAUGUUAAUUACGUCUUAGUGAAUAAUUUAUUUCAAUACAAUACAUGUCUAAGAUGAACGCUUUGUUUUAUCAUUUAAUGCGCAAUUUGCAACAAAUUGAAAUUUGAAAUUAAGACUGAAGAACUAUAAAGAAACAAUGGAUUAAUAUUCUGUAGUAACAAAAGUUCGAUAUAUAUCGUAGUGAAAAAGCAAUCGUUCCCUCUUUUGUUAUCUUAAGAGGUGUAAGAUAUUUUUUAAUAAAUUAUUAUUGAUCGAAUAAAA